AAAUUCGAAUUUUCAAAUUCAGUUUGAAUCUUCACAGAGAAGAUGGUUCCGCCAUUGUUGAAGCUCGCGUUCGUCCAGGGACCAAGAGACGGCGAAUCUCUAGAGUACAAGCCCGGAUCCACUAUCCGGAUCGGCCGAAUCGUUCGCGGUAACGAAAUCGCCGUUAAAGACGCCGGAGUCUCCACGAAACACCUCAGAAUCUUCUCCGAUUCCGAGAACUGGAUAGUCCACGAACUUGGAUCCUCCAACGGCACAAUACUGAACUCGGAACCUCUCGAUUCCGAUACUCCCGUUGCUCUCCGCCAUGGAGACGUGAUCAAGCUAGGUGAGUGUACUUCCAUUGUAGUGAACUUUGAGACUGAUGCUCAGGUGGUGAAGGAGGAGGAGCAUAAGAUUCCUCCGAGGCCGAGAAGGAGUAACAGGCGUCUUGCGGAUUCGGAUCCGGUUCCUAUCGAGUCGGUUGAGGAGAAACCGACGCGCAGGGUUGGUAGGCCUCGGAAGAACGAAAAGAAAGUGGCGGUUAUGAAGGAGGAGGAGGAGGAGGAGGAAGCUGUUGCGGUGGAGAAGAAGGGAACCUCUAGGGCUCGGAGAGGUAAGAGGAACACUGAGGCUGUUUUGGAUUCAAUCAAAUUGGAGAUUGAGGAUAUUCCAAAGGUAGUGGAAGUCUCAGAGAUGAAGAGAGGCACAAGGAGCAGGCAGAUUGGAAACGAACGUUUGGGGUUGGAAGAGAAUGUGAAAUAUGAGGAUAGUGUUAUAGAGGAGAAGAGACCUUCAAGGGCUACGAGAAGCAAGAAGGAAGCGAUUGGUGGAGAUUCUUUUCAGGAGCUGGAGAUGGUUCUGAACCAAGCUCGGAAAAGCCGUGCAAAGAAGAAGAAAACGGAGCAGAAGCCGUCAGAGAGCGUUGUAGAAGAGAUGGAAGCUAUCAAUGAGGAUGUUGAAGAAGAUGAGAGGGUAGAUCAGGUGGAGAUUAAGCCGAGAAAGAGCAAAGUAGUAGGAGAAGAGGACAUCAACUGUAGUGUUGGAGAAUUUGGAGAGGCAGAGAACUUACAAGAUGCAAUUGACAAGGAAAGAGACUGUAAGAGAGAUGAGGCUGUAACUGAGACAUCAGAAGAGAAGGCUGAGGAGGGAUCCAGGAAUGAAAAGAAGGUAGAGAAGGUAGAUUUAGAGAAUAUGACACUAGGAGACUGGUUUGAAUACAUGAAAGUAUACCUGAGGAAACAGAUAGUGGAGAAGUUGAUAGAGGAUAUGAGAAGUAAAUCUUUAAGAGUUCGCCACCAUAUUGCAGAGCAGAAGCAAGCAAAGGAAGAAGGCAGUGUGAAUUAAUCUGUACAUGGUUGAAUAUAUGAUAUUCUGAUCAUCCGAGUAGGAAACUUGCUUCAGUUUUGACUCUUUUGGAUCCAUAUUGUUUUGUUGUCCAGAGUUAAAAGAUGUAGCUUAGGAAAAGAGAGGCUAUAAUUCAA